AUGCAAGAAACUCAUACACAGAAUGAUAACCAGUACUUGGAAGAACACCUUGAAGAGACCACUCCUCUCUUACAAAAAGCAAAACCCAAUGACAUAUCGUACACAGCUGAAAUAUGGGUAUUAUGCAAAACAUCAAUCCCUGUUAUAUUUGCCUAUAUGCUACAAAACAGUCUGCAAACCGCUUGUGUAUUGAUUGUUGGACGUAUGGGUGCCGAAGAGCUUGCUGCUUCAGCAUUUGCCUUUAUGUUUGCAAUGGUAACCGCUUGGGUCAUGGCACUCGGAGGAAGUACAGCUUUAGAUACCCUAUGCUCUCAAGCAUGGACUGGAUCAGAUAACCCACACGACAUUGGUGUUUUGCUUCAAAGAGCAUACAUUCUGCUUGGGUUAAUGUUUAUUCCUAUUGGUUUCUUAUGGUGGAAUGUCGAACAAGUGCUUCUCUACUUAGGACAAGAGCCUGAAUUAAGUCGCAUGUCUGCUCUGUUCCUGCGCUAUCUCCUUAUUGGAGCCCCUGGUUAUAUUCUAUUCGAAGCAACCAAGAAGUUUUUGCAAGCACAAGGUAUCAUGCAUGCUGGCACUUAUGUUCUUUUCAUUGCGUCGCCUGUCAAUAUGGUACUCAAUUACCUAUUGGUUUGGAAUGAGUCGUUUGGUCUUGGAUUUAUCGGUGCUCCUAUCGCCACCUCCAUCACGUACUGGCUCAUGUUUGCUCUCCUAGUCCUAUAUAUUUGGCGAGUCGAAGGCUCCGCUGGCUGGGGCGGUUUUUCAAGACUGGCCUUCCAUAACCUUGGCGACUUUAUGAAACUGGCAUCGACUGGUAUUCUCAUGGUUGGAACCGAAUGGUGGGCAUUCGAGAUUGUAGCCCUAGCCGCAGGACGACUAGGCACCGUUGCUCUGGCUUCGCAAAGUGUCAUCAUGACAACCGAUCAAGUUUUGAACACCAUUCCAUUUGGUAUUUCUAUUGCCACCAGUAACCGCAUUGGCAACUUGCUUGGCAGUGGAAAUGCUCGCGGGGCCAGAAAUUCUGCCAAUCUUAGCGCAGCCUUGGCAGCAAGUAUUGGCAUCGUUGUCAUGACCCUCAUGAUGAUAUUCCGCAAGCAAUUUGGUUACUUGUUCUCGGACGAAGAAAAUGUAGUAACGCUGACUAGCGAAGUCAUGCCUUGGGUAGCGGCUUUCCAGAUCGCUGAUGGCGUGGCUGGAAGUUGCGGUGGAUCUCUGCGUGGUAUGGGUAACCAACACCUAGGGGCUGUGGUGAAUUUAGUAAGCUACUAUAUCAUUGCGUUACCUCUCGGCAUUUAUCUUGCAUUCCGCCAAGACUAUGGUCUUGCAGGACUGUGGGUUGGUCAGUGUGUUGCACUCUUCCUCGUCGGCAUUUUGGAAUGGACGAUCAUCGCCGUCUGCGACUACGAGAAAGAGGUCAAGAAAUGCUUUGAUCGCAUAAGAAACGAAGAACAUCAUAAAUAG